UGGAGCCCGCAGUUCAUGACCUCAUCCGAGAGUACCACGACGUUUUCCCAUCGUCGUUCUCGUAACGCGACAUCCCACCGAUGCGUGACGUCGAGCACUCCAUUCAGCUUGUGCCUGACUAUCGUGUUCACCACCAGGCACCCUACAGACUCUCGAUCCCUGAGGCCACCGAACUCAAGCGUCAGCUUGAGGAGCUCCUGAGACUGGGUUUCAUUAAACCUAGCAACUCCCCGUGGGGUGCACCCAUCCUCUUUGCUCGCAAAGCGGAUGAAACUCUUCGUCUCUGCAUCGACUACCGCGGUCUCAACCGCUACACGGUUAAGAACAGCUACCCCAUGUCUCGUUCCGAUGAGUUGUUCGACCGCCUAGCAGGCAACCGCUUCUUUACGAAGAUCGAUCUUCGUAGCGGUUACCAUCAGAUCCGCGUCGCUGCAGCCGACCAGCCGAAGACAGCGUUCCAAUCGCGAUUCGGCCACUACGAGUUCACGGUGAUGCCAUUCGGCCUCACCAACGCACCCGCUACCUUCCAGAGGGCGAUGAAUGACAUCUUCAGGAACAUCCUGGAGCAGUACGUUCUCGUCUACCUCGACGAUAUUCUGGUCUAUAGUCGUACCCUUGAGGAGCACCUCAGACACCUCCGCGACGUCCUUGACCGCUUGCGCAGACAUGGCUUAUACGCCAAGCUGAGCAAGUGCCGCUUUGCCCAGCACAAAGUACAUUUCUUAGGACACUACGUGUCUGACCAGGGUCUCCACAUGGACGACGCGAAGAUCACUGCUAUUGCGGAGUGGCCCGCCCCCACAUCCGCCAAGCAGCUUCGCACCUUCCUAGGCCUGACCAGCUACUAUAGUAAUUUUAUCCGGGGAUACGCUAGGUAUUCCUACGUCCUUACCUCCACCCUCCUCCGGAAGAACCCACCUUGGGCUUGGACACCCCUCCACGAGGACGCCUUCCGCGCCCUCAAGAAGGCCGUGACUUGCGCACCGGUUCUUCACCUACCCGAUUUCGAUCGCCCUUUUAUCCUUACCACCGAUGCGUCAAACUUUGCUGUAGGAGCAGUGCUUUCUCAGGUCUUCCCCUCCUCUCCUGAUUCCUCUCAUCCUCGUAUCCCUCGCUUUCCACCACCUACCCCUACCACCGCUUUCCGACUGACGCCUACUCGUCCAGCUACUGACGAGCCUUCUAUUGACUAUUCUCCUACCAUCGCCGAGGACGGCACUGUCGAGUCUCGCUCAGGUGAUUGUCCGAUAGCCUUCUACUCCCGUCAGCUCCUGCCCGCCGAGAUAAACUACACUGCURAUGAACGUGAGCUACGUGUCCGAGCAGUGGCAGAGUUCCAUGACCAGGCAGCCGCCGGUCAUAUGGGCUUCCACAAGACGUUGGCUCGUGUGAGCCGCCCGUACGUCUAUCUGAAGCGCAAGGACUUUGUGAAGGACUACGUCGCAGAGUGUCCCACCUGUCAGGAGGUGAACAGUGUGAACCACCUACCUUAUGGUUUGCUCCAGCCUCUCCCUAUCCCUGAGGGUCGUUGGCAGUCCAUCUCGAUGGACUUUAUUGGUCCUCUUCGACCUCCGACCCCCCGCGGUCAUGAUGCUAUCCUGGUCAUCGUCGACCGCUUCACGAAGCGUGCACGAUUUGUUCCGUGCCGCUAUGCUAUCAGUGCACUUGAGGUCGCCGACAUCGUGUUUGACCGAGUCGUGCGCGACCACGACUUACCUCUCAGCAUCAUAUCUGACCGUGACCCGCGCUUUACCAGCCGAUUCUGGCGACGGCUCCACGAGGUAUACGACACUCAGCUCCGCUUCUCCUCGUCUUACCAUCCUCAGACUGAUGGUCAGACCGAGAUCACGAACAGGACUCUCGGAGAUAUUCUCUGAAAGAUUGUUCAUGACGACCAGCAGUGGGACCUCCAUCUUGCCCACGCGA